AUGGCUUCUGUAGGAUACUCUGGGAGUUCGAUACGGUUCCGAAGGCUACAGCCAGCUUUCAACCUGGCAUCCCACCGAUUCCUGAGCUCCGAUAACCGCUUCUUAAAGGUCUCCGAGGAGGUUAGGGAAGCAUUGCGUUCGAAGAGCAGGCCAGUCGUCGCUCUGGAGACAACCAUCUAUACCCAUGGAUUUCCCUAUCCCGAUAACGUUGCCCUGGCCUCACGACUCGAAUCACUAGUCCGUGUGGGCGGAGGUGUGCCCGCUACUAUAGGCGUACUAGAUGGCGUAGCACGCGUUGGUAUGGAUGCUGAGGAAAUCAUCCGGCUCACAGCUUCUGCGGGCAAGAAAGACACUCUCAAGGUUUCCCGCAGAGACUUGAGCUAUAUAUGCGGGUUGGGAGCCGCAGGCAAAAGAUACAAUGGGGGCACUACCGUAGCGGGGACAAUGGUACUGGCGCACCUCGCUGGUAUUAAGGUCUUUGCUACAGGAGGUCUCGGCGGAGUGCAUAGGGGUGCUGAGAACAGCAUGGACAUAUCUGCCGACCUCACCGAGCUCGGAAGGACUCCAGUCACGGUGAUCAGCAGUGGAUGCAAGAGCUUCCUGGACAUUCCCCGAACGCUAGAGUAUCUGGAGACCGAAGGUGUCGGCGUAGCCACUUUUGCCGAUGGAAGAGAAGGAAGCGUGGACUUUCCCGCUUUUUGGUCAAGAGACAGCGGCUCAAGAAGUCCAACGACCAUACAGGAUGAGCAAGAAGCCGCCGCCAUCAUUCAUGCUCACCACGCCCUCUCCUUUUCGUCGGGUUUACUGCUGGCAAAUCCAAUACCGGCCGACGCCUCCGUAGCAAGGUCGGAUAUCGAUGGCAUCAUUGAAGAUGCAAUCAGGGAGGCCACUUCUGCUGGUGCAUCAGGCAAAGACAACACUCCUUUCAUCCUCGCAAAGAUCAAGGAGUUGACCGGAGGGAAGAGUGUCGUCGCCAAUAGGGCUCUUAUCGAAGGCAACGUCAAGCGUGGUACUCUAGUGGCGAAGGAACUGCUUAACCUGGAGAAGAUGGAGCAAGCGUCUGAUACGUUUGCAGUGCCGGCUUGGCCUUCAACGCUGAAGUCAAUGGUGGCACCAACCUUACCUGAAGCCACAUCCAAUGCAGCUGAUGUCGCCGCAUCGGAAGGGUUGGGAAAACCUAUAGCGACACCAAAAGCCGACAUUGUGGUUGCCGGCGCUUUAGCGAUAGACUUCUCAUGCGACUACGCUCCGCUGCCAGGCGCGAUAGACCAAAUAGCACCUCAAUUACAUACCUCGAACCCAUCCAUCAUUACGCAGACACUAGGUGGCGUAGCGCACAACAUCGCCAAAGCUGCCCACUACAUGGGCGCAUCAGUCCGCCUCUGCAGUGCUGUUGGCGACGAUUUAAGCGGCCGUGCGGCCGUUGCCCAGCUCUCCUCCGAGGGCCUACAGACAGGUGGCAUCAAAGUGCUUGACGCCUCGACAGGCCAGCGAACAGCACAGUACGUAGCAAUCAAUGACGCCCAUAAGGACUUGACCCUCGCCAUGGCCGACAUGUCGAUCAUUGAGCAGCCAGAUACCUGGAACUCAGACCGGCUGGCGCAUCUCCAAGCCGCAUCCCCGAAAUGGGUCAUUGUCGACGCAAACUGGGAUUCCACCAACCUCCACGCCUGGCUGACGGCCGCCAAAUCUUUGGGCGCCCUGACAGCUUUCGAGCCGGUCUCGACCGCAAAGUCCAUCCGGCUCUUCCACGGCUACUCUCCAACAUCCGCGCCCACCUCAUCUAAAUAUCGCCCCACAUCCACCAUCCUCACCUUCCCCAACCAGAUCGUCGACCUCAUGACCCCCAACAACCACGAACUCCACGCCCUCCACACUUCCGCGCGGUCCCUCGGCCUCUUCGACAGUCCCAGCUGGUGGAGCACCAUCGACAGUCUCGGGCUCCCCUCCUCAGGCUCGCGGACCGCGCUUUCAUACCUCACGUCCCCCGCUCUUGUCAACGAGGGCAUCCCGCAGAUGAGCAUCCAGCUACUGCCCUUGGUGCCCUGUAUCCUGACCAAGCUCGGUCCGAGGGGCGUGCUGCUGACUCAGCUCCUGCCCGCAGGCGACGAGAGGUUGUACGGCCCGGAUGACGCGCCGUAUGUGCUGGGCCGGGACAGGACAGGGAGUGAGACGGUUGGGGGGCUGUAUAUGCGGUUGUUUGAGCCGGAGGAGGUGAUGGGGCCGGGGAAGGUGGUUAGUGUGAAUGGGGUUGGGGAUACGUUUUUGGGGGCGUUGGUUGCGGGACUGGUACAUGGGGCAGGGGAGAGGGAGGGGCGAAGGAGGGUGGAAAAUUGUGUGGGGCUGGCGCAGAGGGCGGCGAGGUUGUCGUUGGGGUCUAAGGAGGCUGUGAGUCCUGAGUUGGUUCGGCUUGGGCGAAGUGCAAGAGGGAUAUAG